AGACUCUCUCGGUUCCACUAACGCGGACAGUUUUUGUGCGCGUUCUCUGAGUGUGUGUGAGUGUGAGUGAGUGUGUGUGUGAGUGUGAGUGAGUGUGAGGGGUCUUGCGCGCGCCUGUGCGGACAGGUGUGUUCCCGGCUACCUGUGGCCGCGCUCCAGCAGGAGGAGGAGGAGGAGGAGGCGCGCGGGGAUUUUAUUUCCUCUUCAUAGGAAGAGCCGCGCCGUGAACGCGCCCGCUGGCCGCGCGCGCUCGCGCUGGUGACGCAGCGCGAGGAGAGGAGAGGAAGAGGAGCGAGACGAUGGCGGCCGCUUGCGAGCGCGAGCGGGAGCCCGAGCCUCGCGCCCCGGAGAACGGAUUCGUGAGCGCGGAGCAGCACGCGCUCCUGUCUCGCGUGGACGGCUGCGUGCUGCACUUCCUGGGGGGCUUCGGCACGUACCAGAAGCGGCUCGUGGCGCUCACGUGGAUCCCCGCGCUCUUCAUCGGAUUCAGCCACUUCUCGGACUAUUUCCUCCUCGCGCUGCCCAAGACCACGUGCGUGGAGGCGGCGGGGAACGGCACGCUGAACUGGACGCUGCUGCCGCCGCCGCCGCCGCCCUGCGCGCUGCCGCAGGACUUCAACGGGACCGGUCCGCCGGCCAACGGCUCUGCGCUCGAGCCCGAGAACGCGUGCACGCGCUGGACCUCCGAGCUGCAGACUGGCCUCGUGCAGAAUGUCGUCACCAAGUGGAAUCUGGUCUGUACAUCUGAAUGGAAGGUUCACAUUGCCAAGUUUUCUCUGCUGGUGGGAACCAUCUUCGGCUACCUGGUGCUGGGAGUCCUGGCCGACUGGUUUGGACGCCACCUGGUGCUGAUAAUUUCGGUGUUUUUCACCCUGGUGUUUGGGAUGACAGUUGCUUUCUCUGUGGAUGUGACCAUGUUCAGCACACUUCGCUUCUUUGAAGGAUUCUUCCUGGCAGGAAUAGCACUCUCUCUCUAUGUCCUGAGGAUCGAGCUGUGUUUACCUGGCUGGCGGUUCUCCAUGACGAUGGUGGCGAACUUCCUGACACUGGCUGGUCAGCUGCUGAUGCCCGGGCUGGCCGCAUUGUGCCGAGACUGGCAGGUCUUGCAGGCCGUGAUCAUCUGCCCACUGCUGAUAAUGCUAACGUACAUAUGGCUUUUCCCAGAGUCCCUUCGCUGGUUGUUGGCGACUCAGCAGUACUGUAGAGCGAAGCGGAUCGUGGAGCACAUCGCUAAGACAAACCGAGCCCAACUGGACUCGGACGAGCUGCUGACAGAGCUUCACAAAGCGCUGCCCAAGAAGCCCAAGAAGACCUGCAUUGUGAAGGUGGUGGGCACGAGGACCCUGUGGAAGAACGUCGUGGUGCUUUGUGUGAACUCGUUAACAGGUUACGGUAUCCACCACUGCUUUGCGCGCAGUAUGAUGGACCCCGAUGGGAAGGAGAUAACCAUGUUCCAUAACUUCUAUGCUGAUUACUACACCAUGGGGGGCAUCGCCGUGGCGUCCUGCAUGGCUCUGUGUCCGGCGGUGGGACUGAUGGGCCGCAGGGGGGGUCUGUUAAUGUUCAUGAUCAUCACCGCACUGGCCUCUCUGCUGCAGCUCGGCCUGCUCAACCUUCUGGGGAAGUACAGCGCACAGCUCCAAAUCGAGGAGUCAGACACACUGAAGUCAAAGUUCUCUGUGGCGUUCUCCAUCAUUGGCAUGUUCUCCUCCCACGCCGUCAGCAACCUGAGCAUCUUCUUCUGUGCAGAGAUCACCCCCACUGUCAUCAGGGGCGGAGGUUUGGGUCUGGUGUUGGCAAGCGCUGGUUUCGGGAUGCUAACGGCUCCGAUAAUGGAGCUCCACAAUCAGAAAGGCUACUUCUUACACCACAUUAUCUUCGCCUGCUGCACGCUGAUCUGCAUCAUCUGCAUCCUGCUGCUGCCCGAGACGCGCUACCAGCCGCUGCCUGAGACGCUGGCCGAUGGGGAGAGCUACACCCGCCAGCCUCUGCUGCCACCCCGCAAACCGGCCGAACAGCGCCACCUGCUGCCACGGGCGCAGAGUCGCGAGUACGGGCAGGUGACGGACACCCCCCUCCACGCGGCGGCCGCUACCGCUGUGUCCACCAUGGAGUCCACCGCCUCCUCUGCCAUCGACCUGUCCAUGCCACCGGACGGAGAACCAGACUCAAUUGCGCUCUAUGUCAUGAAGCAGCAGAAAGAACUGGCAGAACCAGCAGGGGGCACUCUACUCACCGCAGUCCCAAAUGCCUCGACUCCACUCAGCACCAGCCCCGUUCACCCCAACAUAACAGACUCGCUCCCUGAUCUUAUCGCCAAUGUCCCGUCCCCUCACUCUGCAGCCGCAGAGACCCCGCCCACUCCACUGUCUGGCCACACCCUCUCCCAGACCCCUCCCUCUGCAGCUUCUGUCCUAACUGCAGAUACAUCAGAGAUCUCAUCUCCAUCUACAGCAGCAGAGACUCCUCCUCUGACUGUCCACGGCCUCUCCCAGCCCAUUCAAGUGAUUCGAGAUACUGCCGAGGCCCCACCUCAUCCUUCUUUACCGGGCCCCUCCGAGACCCCUGCAAUCACACCCCUAAUCUCAGAUACAACAGGGACUCCACCACCUCCUUCAAUUGACCACACCCCCCCAUGCUCACAGCCUGAGAUGGACAGUGCUGCAGUGGACUCCCCCCUGCCUGGCAUCAGCCAAACUGAGGGGAAUUUCAAUCCAAACUCUGUAGAAAUUCCAGCAGGUGGCACGGUGGGCUCAUGCGCCAUCAAUCUCCCAGAUGGUAAUCAUCUAAAUGACAUAGCCCAGCCCCCUCCCACAGACUCACCCAUUUAUAUAGCCAACGAUCUAAACUGGCUUCACCCUGAUCCUUCAUCAUUUCCUCCUCCAUCCUCGUCCUCACCCAUAGAUUCUGAAGCUCUCUUGUUCCCGCCCCCUCUAAUAGACCCCGACCCUUUAGAGACUCCUCCUUCGCUGGUUGGUGCUGCUGUUUUACCUGACGCUCCAGCAAUGCAGCCUGCUGGAGACCCCUUUACAGUGGACCUCACCGUUUCCUCACCCAUAGACUCUGGUCCAUCUCCAGCUGUGGACUUCACCACCACCUCCAGCGCCGCCAAUGGUCUGGCAUCUUCAUGAUGGCCAGUAUGGCUGGUGCUUUGCCCUGAAGGGCAGCUGAGUGCAGGGGGGCUAAUAUCAGCCCACAAGCCACUUAUGUAGACCAGCGAGUGUUAACAACACUAGAAAGGGAUCCGCUAAUAAAAGGGAAGGGCUGUAAACCAGGCUUGCACCCAGGAACCCAACUAUCAACAACCUUCUCUAGCGCCAGUAAAAUGCUGCUUUGGGCAGUUUCAGUUUCUGAUUGGGGCUUUAAAAAGGUGGUAAUUGAACACUACCUGUGUGAAUCAAACCCAGACCACCUGGAUAACACUGGAGUUCCCUGCAGCCACUUAGACUCAGUACUCCUGUCUGCAGAAUAUGAAGUAUAACUGCCUUUUUAAAAUGACCAGUUAAGCCCAUCAUGGUCAACUAUGAAGAGUGCCAAGAGCAGGUUGCUUUCUCAGACACUUCAGAUUGAAAUUUGCUCAAUGAUUAAUAAAGUGAAAUUCAGAAUAAAGGUGGCUAUGGGAGCCCUCAUAUCCACACUGAUGGGAACACAGCGUAAACUUUCAUUAGCUGAAUAAAACAGUGUUUAAACUGUGUUUGAACUGUGGUAAAGGAGACACUCUCAAAGGGAAUUCCUCAGUUACUCAAUGCAGCCGCUACUGUUGGAUGAUGGUCGGAUAAACCGAAAAACAUGCAACCACUGAGGAGUUUAUUAUACAAACAUACUUACAGGACGACUGUGUGGAUUAACGGAGUUCUGCGUCCAAAGUCGAAAGUCCACCAGGCUGGUUUUUAAAUAGACAGGGAGAGUUCCUCAUUUCCUAAGAGUUUCUGGCCUUAACUACCAAACCUUAACUCCUAAAUCAUAAGUCUCAACUCUUAAAAUCGAAUGUUUAAGACUUAACUCAACCCCAAAUCCCAACUACUAACCCCAAAGCUCUAAGCAACAAACUCUCAGCCCUAACAUUUAAAGCUUAGCUCCUAACCCCUGAACUCCAACCCCGCCUUCUCAAGCCUAACCAUAAUUUAUCAAGCUCCUCAAACCCCAAGUCCAUCUCCUCCAAAAUAAUGGCUAAAUUCCUAAGCACCAACCCUAUGCGUUAACCCCUAAACCAUCAAGCAUAACCCAUAAUCCCUAAUCCCUGACUUCUAAACCUUACCCACCUAAUUCCCAGGCCCUAGCCCCGAAGGCCAAGCCUUAAGGCCUAGUCUGAAUGAGGGAACUCUGCUGAAUCCAGAAUGUCUGCAAGUGGUCGACCAUUUUCACUGACUUGUUUGCUUUAGUGAAAUCUGCUGAAAGAUGAACUUAGAUUAAAUUAAGUGAUUUUAGGUGAAACAUGUUGAAUUUAAGUGUAAUUAAACGAAUCUGUACCAGGUCCCUGCUGAGUCAGUGUUUAGGGCGCAAAGUAGUUUGUCUUGAUCUUCAGACAGACAGUGUAAUAAACAAUUUCUACUGUUGAGUCUGUAUUAACCCUCAUUUAAUCCAGGGCAUUAAUACAGCUUCUUGUAGAAGUGAGGGAAAUGUAAUGCAGCCCAAGUUUGGUGGGACAGCAAAUACUCGCUGGGCCAGGGGAUAUCCAGUCGGCCAGUGGACGCUCGGUGGGCAGGGGAUAUUCGGUGGGUGUGUAUUUUACUGUAAUUUAUUGGUGAGUCUCCACAGAGGAUGAGUUUGAAUAAAAAAGAUGAAAAAUCAGAACUAUUUUUCUGAGUGUGCAUCUGUUCACGCCAUUUAGCUUCUCUGUGCAAAUGUGGCGUCAUCAUGACAACAAAGCAUGCAAACGUAAAAAAAUCUACGAAUGUGAACUUGUAGAAACAUGAAACGUGAACAGAUGUGAGUCUGAGUAGCGAGUGCGAUGUUGUACAACAGGCGCAGCGUCGUCUUCCAUUCGCGGCGUUUUGUUCUUACGGCUUUUAUUCAGAGGACGUGUGUAAAAUAAACUGGUGAAGUUUAAAUGACCCCUCUAAUCGCCACAGGCUCAGUGCCAUUCCAGAAAUGGGCUUAUUUAUGAGUGAGAAUAAUCACAAUAAUAAUAAUAAUAAUAAUAACGACAGUAAGAAUCAGCGAAUCUGGUUUCUAAUGACUGCAGCGCAGCGAACGCAGUACAGCCACGAAGCUAAUACUGAAACUGAAUGAUUUCCAAUCGUUUGCUGAGUAGUUGGGGCUGCAGAGUGACGGAAGUGUUACAAAAAUACAAAGCCAAAUAUGAUCACCCAGCUGACGGAGGUUCCUCACUGUUCCUCCGAGACUCCGGAGGUGCUUUUUAGAUGCUCCUGGACCAGGAGGAGCCCAUCUGAGGAGGAGAAGCAGCACUAACACUUGCACUGGUGUACGUUCUGUAGCUUUGGCUUCAGGCUCAGCCACCUGGGGCGCGCUGUGGUCAGAUGCCCUGGACGGGCCUUGUGGAAGCAGGAUCUCCGUAAUUGUGUGUACAUGACUAAUUAAGCUAAUCCGGGGCCGCUAGUCUUCACUUCUCUUCAGCAGUAGUUAGAAUUCUGGUCUGUGGUUAUCUCUGAGGAUUAGCCGCUAACUCAAACCACGGGCCGCCAGAGCUCAACAGCUCAGUUAGCGGAGCGGCUAUUAAACGGCCCAGCUUGCUAGCAUGUCUACAUUCAUAUUUACAUGGAUAUUUUAAACUAACAGCUAACAGAGCAUUAGCAUCAUCUCAUAACACAAACACUGUGGCCGUCGUAAUGAAACACAAAGAUGUAAACGCAGCAGCGCGACAGCGGAGGCGCCGCGUUCCGGGUGAAUGCUAGCUAAACGUUUAGCAAUACAUGGAACACUAGCCUGUGAAUUAUUUCAGGAAUUUUUGCUCGGAUGUGAUUUUAAGGAGGAAAAUCCACAACUAAGUAUUUCUGGUGUCCGUUUUAGAGGAUUUUAGCCCAUAUUAGCGAAGCAAAGACGAGCUAAGCGUCACUUAGCAAGUCAGCGGAACAGAAGCUGGCGAUUGUUCCGCCAGUGGCGCUAAAAGCUCACUAGUACGUUCUGAGGGUGAACUGCUGCAGGGCUGCUGAGCAGCGGCAUCAGCUUCCAUGCCCACCGGGACCCCAGCGGAUGAAGCCCAGAGAGCUCUGCCCCCGUGCGAACGCUCACGCUAAUGCACUGUUCUGAGACGUGGGCUCUUUCGCUGUCAAUCAGGAAUGAUUACCUCACCCCACCUACCUGGACCAGGUGUGUCCUCUGUGUCCUCAGACGGGGACCGAAUGUAAUCGAUUAUCUUCGGGUUUCAGCGGCAUCUUUUUCAUUGUUCUGUUGUUUCUUUUCUAACAUUGAUGAUAACGCACUUGUACAUUAAAGCCAUAGUGUCAUAAUAAAGUUCACUAUUUAUUGAGUAA